AUGUGGGACUUUGUGCAAGUCACUGUGGUGGUGACACUUGUCUUGGAGAUUAGGUUCGGCAUUUUGAGAGCUUCGGCAGGCUGGAUAUGCUCGGUUGAUUAUGGUGUAAACAGUAGCCCCCCAAGUUCGCGGUCAAAAAGUAACUUCUGGGUUGGGAACUUGUUAGAUUUUUGUGUAAUCAUGACUGAGCAUUCCAGGUUUAGUGGGAGCCCUAGGGCAUUCCAUAGUCCCCCAAGUUGGCAAGCUAGAAGUUGCGUUAACACUUGGAGGCCGGGGUUGUGUCCUUGGGCUUUGGGAGCUAGGCCCUGGCAAGGGAAGAAGUGGGUGAGCUUUUCCUUGCUUCAGCAGUCCAUGCCAUUCGGCAUGUUUGGGCUUCCAAGCCUGAGUGUGGAGUUGGGCCACAUGACCUUGUUUUUGGACCAACGUGAGUGGCCUUCUUGGCUUGGAGCUGGGCUUUCCUUGCUUGGGGCUGAGCCCGAGAUAGGCUUGAGUCAUUGUUCUUCACCAAGUAGGCCGAGCGGGAGGAUUUUCUGCACCCAGGCCUUUGGCAAAGACCUUGGAGUGGGUUGGGACAUGGCCGUGGGGAUAUUUGUUGGGGCUAGGUCUCUUGCCGUUUGGCAAGGGCCUUUGAAGGGAAAAUUCGUGCGGGAGUCAGGGCCUGGAGCUAUGCAGUCGGCAAGGCUAGGUUCGAGUUUGGCAUUUAAAGGGUUCGGAAAGGAUGGAGGCUUGAGCUUGUAUAAUCCUUGCGUUCGGCAAGGGAAGCUUCGUGAGACUCCGAUCAGUUUUGGACUCCUGAUUUUGGAAAGCAUGGUUCGGCAAGGGUGCCAAUUUCUUGUGCGAGAGCAAUCAGUUUGCUGGGGACCUUGGCGUCAGAAGCUGGGUUUGCCUAGAGUGGAGCUGGGUUCAGAGUUGAUUCUUGGAAGGGAGAGAUUGGAGCUUGGCCUUGCGUGA